GUACAGUAAUACACAACUUCAUCGCCAUAUAAUACUGUGACAAAAGAACAUGAAGCCUGCUUGAGUCGGAGACAGCUUUGCAUUUAGACUGUCCUGUUCGCCGCAAGGCUUUGCCAACGGAGCUGGCGGCCAUGGCAAGCGGCAGCGGCUUGCGCGUGGCAUUCAUCCACCCGGACUUGGGGCUGGGUGGCGCGGAGCGGCUGGUUGUAGACGCUGCAGCGGAGCUGGUGCGCUGCGGGCAUACGGUGGACAUGUACACGGCCUUCUACGACCCCAGCCGCUGCUUCGAGGAGACGAAAACGGGAGGGUUUGCGGUGCGCACCGCGGGCGGCUGGUUCCCGCGCCACUUCGGCGGCCGGCUCAUGGCACUGUGCGCCUACAUCCGCUGCAUCCUGGUUGCGCUGCACAUCGCCUGGCGCACCGUGUGGUCGCCCCGCGCCGACACGGCGCCCUACGACGUCAUCAUCGCCGACCAGGUGGCGGUGGUGGUGCCGGUGGUGCGGGUGCUCCUGCCGAGCUCGCGCGUGCUCUUCUACUGCCAUUUCCCCGACCUGCUGCUCACGCAGCGCACCUCGCUACUCAAGCGGCUCUACCGCGCGCCGCUCGACUAUGUAGAAGAGCUGAGCACCGGAGCGGCGCACCUAGUGCUGGUCAAUAGCAACUACACGCGCGGCGUCUUCAAGGAGACGUUCCGUCGCCUCGCAUCUCGCGGCAUGGAUCCCAGCGUGCUGUAUCCGGCCGUCGCCAUUCCAGAGGCCAAGGAGCUGGCGGAAGCCGCGGCCAGCUGGCGCAAGGAUCUGGAUUCCGAGCUGGCGGAUUUCAUUGCUGGCGGCACCACCUUCCUGUCCAUCAACCGGUUUGAGCGCAAAAAGGGCAUUGGGCUGGCCAUUGAGGCUCUGCACGAGGUCCUGCUGAUGCGCGCCGGAGGCGCCAGCGUCACGGCCAGUGGCGGCGGCGGCGCCGCCUCUGCCGCCGCCGGCGCGCCGCCGCCGCGGCUGGUGGUGGCUGGCGGCUACGACCCGCGCCUGGCGGAGAACGUGGAGCACCUGGCGGAGCUGCGGGAAGCUGCGGCGGCCAUGGACCUGCGGCACGAGGUGCGCUUCCUGCCGUCCUUCACAGACAGGCAGCGCACGCUGCUGCUGGCCGCCUGCCGUGCGGUGCUGUACACGCCGCAGCACGAGCACUUCGGCAUCGUGCCGUUGGAGGCAAUGGCGGCGGGCCGGCCGGUGGUGGCGGUCAACAGCGGCGGCCCCACCGAGUCGGUCGUCACCGGUGUUACAGGCUUCUUGUGCGACGCCACGCCCGUGGCCUUUGCCGGCGCCAUGGCCGGCCUGAUGGGAGGCGAGGGGCCGGCGAAGAAGGGGGCGGAGAAGGGGGGUGGCAAGGCGGAGGAGAUGGGGGCGGCAGCACGGGCACACGUGGAGGCCAAGUUCUCGCGGCGGGCGUUCGGGGAGGCGCUGGACGGGUACGUGCGGGGCCUGGUGGCGGGGGCCGGGGCUGGGGAGAAGCAGGCGGCUGGAAAGGCCGGUAAGGCGGAGCUGCGGUGAACAAGGGUGUGCGAGUGAAGGGCGGCUGCGAUGCGUUGGUGGCUUUGGUGUGCUGCGGGGACUUUCGUGGUAAGAACGAGGUGUAGAACGUGACAAGCAUUGGAUGGUUGGAUGAAUGAAGUGGUACGUGACCAAAGUUCAGACAAUACGAUUGCGGGGGAAAGGGAGGCGUGAAGGACUGUCGUCGGCGGGCAGGCGGGCGCCCGCAGUGCCGCAUGCCGACAGUUCGCGACUGCUGCGCAUGCGGCGCUACCUAAUAUACUCGCGCCACCAAAGAGUUUUCCAUGUAUAUAUUGAAAGUGAGGACCAUAUAA